CCCGACGCGGUACGUCGGCGCGGGGCGUGGCGGCGGUUCGAAUCCCGGCGGGCGGACAUGGCGGUGCUGCGACCCUUCAGUAAGCUGCCGGCGCUCAACUCCGCCGUCCUCCUGCUGGUGGGUUCGGACGAAGGCAUCCAGCAGAAGCUGGCGGAGGCGAUGCUGCGAGAGAAAAAGAGCUUCAAGGUCAAUAUUCACCUUGCUACAUCCCUCCCCUUAUCUUCAGAGAUGGAUCACCUUCGGCCCAGGAUAGAUCUGAUUGUGUUUAUGAUUGACAUCAAGAGCAAAUACAGCUUGAAGAACGUCGAAGCUUCCCUAGCUCAUGUGGAUAUCAGCUUCUUCCUGGGAAAAGUAUGCUUUCUUGUCACUGGGGUUGGCAGGGUGAACCACUGCAGCGUGGAGAUGAAUUCCAUCUGGAAACUGCAAGAAACCUAUUCCAGUCCUAUGCUGUUCUGUGAGCUGGAGUUGGAAGGGAUACGAGUUGCCACUGCUCAGCGACUACUCCGGAUGCUAGAGAUCUGUGCUGGUCUCGUACCAGGAGUUUCUGCCUUGUACUUUGGCUCACUGAUGAGCAGCUCUGCUAAUUACUAGCUUCUCAUUGUGAGAAUUCAGCCAUGUUCAUCAGGUUUUUUUCACUUCAGGCAUUCAAGCUGCGGCAGUUGGAAUCACACUGGGAAGCUUUUUUGCCUGAUUUGUCAUGACCACUUGUCCAGAGCUGUUCCUAUCUGCUAAUCUUAUCAAGAAAAGCUUCAUUCCUGUUCAAUGGGUAAUGUUUAGGUCCUGGGGGGGUGGUGUGUGUGUCAGUUUGAACUGGGGAUUCCUACCCAUUGUCACAUCUGAAUCCCAUUUCAUGGUCAAGUUUGAGUUUCACCCACUGAGCUAGUGGCCAGGAACUAUGUGUUUUACUGAGAGAAUAUUGGAAGAACAGGCCACAGUCCCAAAUGCCGCAUGUCAUAGUUGAGCAUCCUAAUUUCAUUGUCCCCAGAGUACUAGAGAAGAGGCAGAAGGCUCCUGCUUCCUUUCAGUUGAAAUACAGCACCUUGGUGAUACCUUGCUGCCAGGUUUUGUUUCCCCACUAAGAGAAUAAUGGGGAAGGCUGUCCUGCAGCUUCUAGAUAGACUGCAGUUGGCAGUUAAUGAUCCAGCUGUGUGAGCAUCUUCCCAGUGAAGGGCUCAGUAUUUCCAUGCGUGAUACCUGCUAAAGAAGAUAAUCUAGCACUUUAGCCUUAUUUUAGAUCUUUAAAGAAAAAGGUUCCAUCUAUCAAGCCCAGGAUAACCCUAGUAACCCAGGCUCUGGAGCUGACCAGAGAUGAAAUAGAGCAGCCUGGACUACAGCAAUGUAUAGAAAACACAUGUCUCUUGCAAGUUGGGCAUAUGCGGUGUAUAAUCCCUUAACAGGUUCUUAUCAGCAGUAGUUUAUGCCUUAUUCUCACUACAAGUCAGUAGUGUGUUUUGGAAUUCUAAGUUAAUAAAAUAUAAAAUAUUUGAUAA